UCUAAAAGAUCUUAAAUGUGCUGUAUUGUUGCUAUAAAGAUAAUAGAUAAAACUAAACUAAAUGAGGAAAACUUAGCAAAAAUUUUUCGUGAAGUACAUAUAAUGAAAAGGUUACGACAUCCUCAUAUUAUAAGACUGUACCAAGUAAUGGAAACGGAGAAAAUGAUAUAUUUAGUGACAGAAUAUGCUCCUGGAGGUGAAAUAUUUGAUCAUCUUGUUCGAAAUGGUAGAAUGCCAGAACCAGAAGCACGAAGAAUUUUCCGUCAGAUUGUACUUGCCGUUCAUUAUCUGCAUCAACAAAGAGUAGUUCAUCGAGAUCUUAAGGCUGAAAAUUUGUUACUUGAUGCAGACAAUAAUAUAAAACUUGCUGAUUUUGGAUUUAGUAAUGAAUAUACACCUGGUGUUCCACUUAGUACAUGGUGUGGUUCACCACCAUAUGCCGCACCUGAAAUUUUUGAAGGAAAACACUAUGAUGGUCCAAGAGCUGACGUAUGGCUCAGAAAUUAUAGGAGCUUCGAUUCCGCCCGUUGAACGCCUUCCGCAAAAAGGCACUUUGGAG